AAGAGGUUCUGAGGUUCUGCUUGUCUCUCAGAACGUCAGUCAGAACUGAAACGCUCAAGUUAACAGACCACAAUGACAAAUUUCGGAAAGAUUCAAGAUGGUGUGUUUUUUUUACUUGGAUUCGGAGUAGGAUACUUCGUAGCUAAAGGUAUGAGGAAACUCUUAGAUUAUUACCACUCUGGAAGAGAUUUGGACAGCAGUAGCUCUCAGGCUGAGAGGAACUUGUUGGGAGACGAUAUUUCCUCUCCUUCUGGAGGAUUGUCUGAAGUUGAACCAAUUGCUUUGACUUCUGCCCUUUCUAACACUGAUGCUCAUCCUGCUACUGCCGUUAGUCCUGACACUGCCGGUCGUCCUCUUGUUGCUCAUCCUGUCACUGCUGCAUGUCCUGCCCUUCCUACGACUAAUGCCCUUCCUGCCACUGCAGCCCCUCCUGCUACUGCCAUUUGUCCCACCACUGAUGCUCAUCCUGCCCUUCCUGCCCAUCCUGCCCUUCCAGCCACUGAUGCCCUUCCUGCCACUGCAGCUCCUCCUGUUAGUCCCGUCACUGCUGAUCAUCCUGCCCCUCUUGCCACUACUGCUUGUCCUGCCCUUCCUGCCACUGAUGCUCAUCCUGCCACUGAUGCCCCUCAUGCUACUGAUGCUCAACCUACCCCUCUUGCCACUGAUGCUCAUCCUGAUCCUCUAGCCACUGAUGCUCAUCCUGCCCCUCUUGCCACUGAUGCUCAUCCUGAUCCUCUUGCCACUGAUGCUCAUCCUGCCCCUCUUGCCACUGAUGCUCAUCCUGAUCCUCUUGCCACUGAUGCUCAUCCUGAUCCUCUUGCCACUGAUGCUCAACCUGAUCCUCUUGCCACUGAUGCUCAUCCUGAUCCUCUUGCCACUGAUGCUCAUCCUGCCCCUCUUGCCACUGAUGCUCAUCCUGAUCCUCUUGCCACUGAUACUCAUCCUUCCAAACAGGAAGAGAAAGAAAAUCAAAUGUUUGUUUUUUAUGAUCUCUUCCUCUUUGUCAUUGUAUUUUUUAUUUGUUGGAACCACGAGUUUCUUUAUUUUUAUUUUGGUCAUUUGUGUACAUUUGUCUUGACUGUGAUUAUCAUGAUUAUUUGUUUCAUUGACCUUGGCUCAUUAGAGCCGUUUACUCGCACACCUACGUAUUACCAAAAUCAUGACCCUCUUGCCACUGAUGCUCAGCCUGCCAGUGAUGCCCUUCCUACCACUCACAUCCCUACUGCUACUGCUGUUAGUCCUGCCACUGCUGAUGGUCCUGACCCUCCAGUCACUGAUGCUCAUGCUGCCCCUCUUGCCAGUGCUGCUCAUCCUGUCCCUCUUGCCACUUCUGAUCAUCCAGCCCCUCCAGCCACUGAUGUUCAACUUGCCACUGAUGCUCAUCUUGCCCUUCCUGCCACUGAUGCUCAUCAUGACCCUCUUGCCACUGAUGCUCAUCAUGACCCUCUUGCCACUGAUGCUCAUCAUGAUCCUCUUGCCACUGAUGCUCAUCAUGACCCUCUUGCCACUUCUGAUCAUCCAGCCCCUCCAGCCACUGAUGUUCAACUUGCCACUGAUGCUCAUCAUGACCCUCUUGCCACUGAUGCUCAUCCUGAUCCUCUUGCCACAGAUGCUCAUCAUGAUCCUCUUGCCACAGAUGCUCAUCAUGAUCCUCUUGCCACUGAUGCUCAUCAUGACCCUCUUGCCACUGAUGCUCAUCAUGACCCUCUUGCCACUGAUGCUCAUCAUGACCCUCUUGCCACUGAUGCUCAUCCUGACCCUCUUGCCACUUCUGAUCAUCCAGCCCCUCCAGCCACUGAUGUUCAACUUGCCACUGAUGCUCAUCAUGAUCCUCUUGCCACUGAUGCUCAUCAUGACCCUCUUGCCACUGAUGCUCAUCAUGAUCCUCUUGCCACUGAUGCUCAUCCUGAUCCUCUUGCCACUGAUGCUCAUCAUGACCCUCUUGCCACUGAUGCUCAUCCUGACCUUCUUGCCACUGAUGCUCAUCCUUCCAAACAGAAAGCGGAACGAAGUGAAAGGAGCUGCGUGUGAAACAGAGGGCGAGCCGCACGCCGCCGCCAUGGGAAUGGGACAAACAUGGACCUCAGAUGAACACGCGCCGGCAAGGAGCUGAACCAAAACACAGCGUGGCCAGAAGGUUUGAUGCCGAGUUCAUUGGACAGUCAGAAGGAAAGUCUGUAGGAGUGUCACGACACACACACACACACACACACACACACACACACACACACACACACACACACACACACACACACACACACACACACACACACACACACACACUCUCCUCUGCUUCAUCAAUAUUAGCUUUAGAGAAUCGCUGUGUAAGAGGAAGCGAGAUGAAAGCAGAAAGUUCAUUUUGAAAAUUGGCUAGUUUGGUAUUACAAGGACUCCACUACAAUUAUUUAGUAUUUACAACUUUCAUUUUAAUAAACUGCAACAGUUUAUUUUAAAAGUCAUGCAGGUUGUCACUUGGUGCUGUCAUGUUUAAGAUUAUUUUGUCAAAAUCUCAUCAGGUUUGGGUCCAGGACCAAAGUCACAGUCUGACAUGAUUUUUCUGAUUUUAAAUGACUCACAUUUAGCAGAUUGUAAACAGAAAACAAGCAUUUUUUUCUCCCAGUGAUCAGCAGCAAAACCAUCUGUUCAGACAACUGUUCAAAUCCCUAUUUUUAUACUGCAGCUACAUAAGAUUAUAUUUAACACACAUUCACUGAUUAAACUGGAAAAUAAUCUGCAGUUGUGGAUAUUAAAUCUUUUUUAUCAAAUUCUAAAAAAUGAUUAGAGAAAUUUUACCCUGAACUCGACCAAAUCAGUUCUAACAGUCAGAAAACUAAUCAAACUGUAGCUAGCUUAACUAAGGCAUAAAAAUCAAAAUAA